CCUCGUACCUCGUGUCUCGCUCUGCGCUCUCGUUCAUCGUUCUCCAUGGUGUUGAAUAAAUUCAAUAAUUUCGAAUUUUUUUUAGCUAAAUAAUGUCAAUAUUUAUUAUUUUAACUUUAUAAUUCGUAAUUUAAUUUCGUGUUUAACGUACUCGACAUUUGACUUUGUAAUUGAGUAUGUUUUCUGCCAAAAAUAAAAUAAAACGAACAAGAUUGUACGAUGACGAUAAAAGCUCUCAGAAAUCUCAAAAAUCUGCUUCCUCCAACUCUACUCUGUCUUCUUUAAAGAGAUCGAAAUUUCGUAGAAUUUUCUGUUUAUCCGGCGAGGAGGAGAAUGAUGCAGAAGUAGUUGAUGAUGUUCAAAUUGUUGGACCUCAAAAUGCAGGAAAUGGUGAAUCACUUGAAUCGUCUGGCAAUGAAAAUUUAAAAGAAACAGGCUCUUCAGAACUUCAAAAUACCUCAUCUCAGUUGUGUCCUCAACCAACUGAAUCGUUAUCAAAGUCUUCAAAGAAAUCAAUAGCUGAAGCAUUUUUCGAUGACUAUGAUUUAACACACAAAAAGUGCAAGGACUGCGGAAAAAAAAUAAAAAAAUGUGGAAAUACGACGAAUUUUAUCAGCCACGCAAAGAGCCAGCACCCAGUUCGUUAUUAUGCAGUUUCGAUUAAGUUUGGUGUGGUUCCAGUGGUUGAAUCUGAUUCAACAUCAACACGAGAAAACGAAGAGAAUCCGGUUGCAAUUGCAACAAACAAUUCGGUUGUUGAUGACGCAGAAAAUUUUUAUCAGACUAAAACAACUAAUAAGAAAAGUUUGAGUUGGAGCAGUGUUGUGCAGCCAACAAUUCGCGCAAUCGUAAACAGAGCUAUACCUUAUCCCAAAGACUCCGAAAAACGACGCGAACUUGACAAGCUGUUGGCAAUAUUUAUCACUAAAACCUACCAACCACUUCGUAUUGUUGAGAUGCCGGAAUUUCGAAAUUUUGUACUGAAGCUUAAUGCACGGUAUACAUUAAUGAGUCGUAAAACAUUAACUGAAUCACUUCUACCAUCGUUUUACAUUGCUGCAAAGAACAAACUCAUGGAUAUGUUGAGUAAGGCUGACUCCAUCGCGGUUACAACAGAUUGUUGGACUUCAUGUUCGAACGAAAGUUUCCUGGGAAUCACAGUCCACUUCUGGGAAAAGAAUCCUGAUCAUGAGCUUCCAACACUCCAAUCUAGAGUGCUCGAAGUCGUGCCGAUUCCGGUAGAUGAAACUGCCGAAAGUUUGUCCAAAUUACUUAAAGAAACGUUUGUAGCUUGGAAUAUCGAAUCAAAAAUUACGGCAAUUGUGACGGAUCAUGCGCCGAAUAUGAAAGCUGCGGUCAAUAUACUAAAAAUUCGGCACCUGGGAUGUCUCGCGCACUCUUUAAAUACAAUCGUUAAAAAUUGUAUCACCCAGUGUACUGAUAACGAAAUAAAAUCGGCAAUACAAAAAGCUAAAGAUAUAGUCACCUACUUCCAUCAUAGCGCGAAAGGCACCAGGAUAUUGAAAGCAGUAAAUGAGCUUAAUUUGGAAGAUGGCGAGUUGAUGCCCUCGAAAUUGAAGCAGUAUGUUGAAACACGUUGGAAUACCUUAUACGAUAUGAUCACGAGCGUUAUUGAUAACAUGGAAGGUAUCAACAAAGUACUAAUUCAAAUCGACCUGAAAAACGUAGAGAAAAUUCUGAAUGAUACUGAAAUUGCUAUUUUGAAAGAUAUUCGCGAUAUGAUUAAGCCGUUUAAAACCGCUACUGAAAGUAUCUCCGGUGAUAAAUACAUCACGAUAUCGUCGGUUAUUCCUUGCAUUAAGGGACUACGCAUGAAGUUGGCCAAAAUACAGACUCAUAGCGAAGCAACGAAGAAUUUAUUAUCUACUUUCAUUUCGAAAACGGCGGAGAAAUUAUCGGAGUAUGAGACCAGAACUAUUACACGCAUCGCGACUCUGCUUGACCCCAAGUACAAAAAAAGUGGUUUUUGUAAGCCAAGCAAUAUUGAUGAAGCUGUAAAAGCUGCGAAGUCGUUCAUCGGUGACGUUAUAAAAGAAAAAGAAGCGUCUGUCUCAGCUCAAGUUGCGCCAACAUCAACUAAACCAGCCAACGAUGAAGAUGAUUUAUAUUCAUUUCUAGAUACUGAUAACGAUGAAAUCCAGCGUACUCCAACAGUUGAUGCAACAACCUUGCUAGAUAGUUUCUUUUUGCUGGAAAAAUUGGAUAAGAAGUCGUCAGUAGAAACGUGCAUCUCUAAUUUGAAGCAUAAACAUCCAGAAUUAUACCAAGUGUUUAUGUUAUUUUCGAUGAUUCCCGGGUCUAGCGUUCCAUGCGAACGUUUAUUUUCUAAUACCGGCUAUACUAUGUCCGAUCGGAGGAAUAGAUUGGCAUCCUUCACUUUGAAUAUGCUCGUUUUUUUAAACAAAAAUUGUGAUUUAAUAUGUUAAAUCUUUUUUUGAAUAUUUUGACUAGUUUAUAAGUUUACUUUAAUGCGAACGUUUAUUUUAAUGCGAACGUUUAUUUAUAGAUUAGUGUUGUUUACUUUGAAUAUGCUCUUAUGCUCGUUUUUUUGAACAAGAAUCGAUAUUUGGUCUUAUUACGUAUAUUCGACUCGUUCACUUUAAUAAAAAAAAAAAUUGAUUUGCAUUUUUUUUUUGCUCUCCGAUUGCUUGUUCUUGUGUUAUCCAUUACUCCGAAUCCGAAAACUUACUUCAGUUACUUCUAGAGGUUGAAUUUUUUCAUUUUCCCAUGAAUUUACCGAAUUUAGCGACUUAUAGAAAAUAAUCGAUUAAUCGAUUAUUAAUCGAUUAUUUUUGUCCAUUUUUGACGAUUAAUCGAUUGGGAAAAUAAUCGUAAUCGAAAUCAUCGAUUAUCAAA